CACUUAGAGAUCCGCGGCGCACUCACACCAGGAUGGGGGUUCAGGGUCUGACCACCUUCUUAGACAACCGCCAGAAGAUUUACCGGGACGUCCAGUUCGGCAGGAGCCGGCUGGUGAUCGAUGGAUGCAACCUGAACUACCUGCUGUACUUUGACUCAGGUCUGGACCAGAAUCACGGCGGGGAGUAUGCUGCCUAUGAAAGCCUGAUUGAGAGGUUCAUCACAGCCCUCAGAACCUGCGAGGUCGAUCCCUACAUAGUGCUGGACGGAGGCUCGGACCCCACCGACAAGAAGCUCGAAACUGUGACACAAAGGGCAGAGCAGCGGAUCGAAAGUGCCCAUCGAGCAGCAAAGGACGGGGGGAAGGAAAACAUCCUGCCAAUCAUGACCAAGUGGGUGUUCAGACAGACGCUGACCCGGCUGAAGGUCCCGGUUGCCCAGUGCUUUGGCGAGGCCGACCGGGAGAUAGCCGCCCUAGCUGAUAAGUGGCAGUGCCCAGUGCUUUCCAACGACAGCGACUUCUACAUCUUCAACCUCUCAGCAGGAUUGUUGCCCAUCUCUUACUUCCAGUGGCAGGAUGUAAAGGGGAAUGGCUCAAAGAGCUACAUCCCUUGUAAGAGGUACUAUACCUCCAGCUUCUGCAUCUACUUCCAAAUCCAGCCCCAGCUCCUGCCCACCUUCGCUGCCCUGGCUGGGAAUGACUACGUGAAGCUGCCGAAGUAUAUCUGGCGUCAGUUUGCCCCAGACGCCAGUAGGCCUCAGAGCCACCUGGAGGGCCUGCUUUGCUGGAUGAAGGACUUUGAGCAGCCAGAGGACGCCUUGAAGGCAGCAGUGGAGCUGAUGGGAAAGAGCCAGAACAAGGAGAAGAUGCUGCAGAGUUUGUCUGUGGGGAUGGAGGAAUACAAACUACCUCGCAGCUCGCUGGUGGAGUUCUUCGUCCGUGGGGAUGUUCAUCCGUUCCUAGAUGAGGAGCUCAUUGGUCGCAUCCCAGAUUGGAUGCAGCUGCGUGUGAUGCAGGCCCGGCUACCCGGGGACACCCUGGACGUACUGCUGCUGCACAAGCUGAGCCUCAGCACCCCCGUGGACCACAAAGACCUGCCCAGUGUCAACUUGACCUCCAGACCUCUCCGCCAGGUGAUGUAUGGGCUGCUGCUGGGCAAAGAGACGUCAUAUAAGGUGGAGGAGAGAGACAGAGAGGAGCUCCAGCUGAAAUUCAUCCGAAUCAAACCAACCUUCAGUCGAGUGGCUCAGCGGCUCCAGCUGAACUCACUGCACGAGGCGCAGCUCUCUGAACGUCUGGAGGUCUUACUCGAGGCUCUCGGGGUGAAAGAGGAACUUCUGAACGAGCUGCCGCCUCAGCUGCGCCUCCUAGUGGCUGUGACCUGUUACUGGUGGAGCAGAGCUCGGCCUCGUCCGGACCUGAAGCUGCUGAAGUCGCUGCUGCUGGGAAUGAACCUCAAAGACACAUCGCGACUCAGCGCAGUUGUGCAGGCUCGCUGUCAUCAGAAGCCUGAUGUGGGCGUGGCUCACGCCUUCAGCCAGUGGCAGGUGUGCCUGAAGGACAGCAUGCACCUGAACCAGCUGCUGGGCCUCCCUCUGCCUGAACCAGACGUCGCACGGUGAGACGUUCUCUCAAAGCGCUUGUUCACGAGGUCGUUUGUAGGCGUGUUUUUAUUAUGGCGUGCUG